AUGGCGGACAGAUCACCGCCGCCGCUGCACCAGCAUGCGAUUGGGCUUGCGCUCGACGUUGCGAACGGCCGCCAUUCCCUCUCCAAGCUCAUCCCGCCGGCGCUCUUCCUGGCCGACGCGUUGCUCUGCAGCCUAAUCAUCUGGAGAGUCCCCUACACCGAGAUCGACUGGGUCGCAUACAUGGAGCAGGUCGCGCAGGUCGUCUCGGGCGAGCGCGACUACACGGCCAUCGAGGGCGGCACCGGGCCGCUGGUCUACCCGGCCGCCCACGUCUACAUCUACACGGGGCUCUACUACGCGACGGACCGCGGGGCCGACAUUCUGCUGGCCCAGCAGCUCUUUGCCGUGCUCUACAUGGCCACCCUGGCCGUGGUGAUGGCGUGCUACAGGCAGGCAAAGGCGCCGCCGUACGUCUUCCCCCUGCUCAUCCUCUCGAAGCGGCUGCACAGCAUUUUCGUCCUCCGCUGCUUCAACGACUGCUUCGCCGUGCUGUUUCUCUGGCUGGCCAUAUUCUGCUUACAGCGGCGGCGCUGGGAGCUCGCCGCGGUGCUCUACUCGUGCGGCGUGGCCGUCAAGAUGUCGCUGUUGCUCGCCCUGCCGGCCGUGGCCAUUGUGCUGUUCCUCGGGAGCGGUCUCCAGCCGAGCCUGCGGCACGCAGCCGUCAUGGUGCUCGUGCAGGUGCUCGUGGGCCUGCCGUUUCUCGCGCACAACCCCUGGGGUUACCUGGGCAGGGCCUUUGAGUUCUCGCGCCAGUUCUUCUUCAAGUGGACCGUCAACUGGCGGUUUACGGGAGAGGACGUGUUCCUGAGCAGGGGCUUCGCGCUCUCGCUGCUCGGGCUGCACGCCGCCGUGCUGCUGGGCCUCGUCACGACGCGCUGGCUAAAGCCCGCGCGCAAACCUAUCCUGAGCUUGGCUGUCGCGGUCAUGUCCGGGAAAGCGCCUUUUCUCCACGGUGAACAGCAGGCCGUGUCGCGCGACAUCACGCCGCAGUAUAUUCUGACUACUGUGCUCUCGGCCAACGUGGUUGGCCUCCUCUUUGCCCGCUCCCUCCACUACCAAUUCUACUCGUACCUCGCCUGGUCGACCCCGUUCCUUCUCUGGCGCAGCGGCACCCACCCCAUUUUCCAAUACGGUCUCUGGGCUGCGCAGGAGUGGGCCUGGAACGUGUUCCCUAGCACUCCCAUUAGCUCCGGUAUCGUAGUUGGCGUGCUAGCCACGACCGUCGCUCUCGUCUGGUGGGGCGCUCGAGAGGAAUGGGAGCCGCGAGCGGCAGCGUCCAAGUCUGAGGCGGUCAAGCGGUAA